UCUCCGUUUCUUCCUUUCAAAGGAACGUUGCCUUUGUAUAUCUUCUUCUCAGAGUAUUCCUCAACUUCCUCUCUUUUUCUCUCUAGAUGUUCUCUAUUUUUUUCUUGUUUCUUUAAAACGUCUCUAAACGCUUCUGUGGCACUGAACUGAGUACAUGGAAGGUAUGGAUAGGAGGAGUGAAGGUGCAGGUGCAGGUUCCCUUGCAGAUUCCAUCAAAGCAAAGCUGGAAUCUCUGCCUUCUCUUUCAAGCAAGUGUUGUAUCUACAAGGUGCCCAAUAAGCUCCGAAGGCUCAACCCUGAUGCAUAUUCACCUCGGUUUAUGUCUAUUGGUCCGUUUCAUCACGGUAAAGAAGAGCUCCAAGCCAUGGAAGAGUAUAAAUACAGGUACUUGCAUAGCUUUCUCACUAGAACAAGCUUUAGUUUAGAGCAACUUGUUGGAGUUGCAAGGACGUGGGAAGAGAAUGCUCGGAGUUGUUACGCAGAAGAUGUGGAACUUAACAGCGACGAGUUUGUUAAAAUGUUAGUUGUGGAUGGGAGCUUCUUGGUUGAAUUUAUUUUGAGAUAUGGUUAUCAUGGGCUCAGAGGCGAGAACGAUCGCAUAUAUGGGAAGCCAUGGAUGAUCACCGACGUGUUUCAUGACAUUGUUUUGAUAGAAAACCAGUUACCCUUUUUUGUGGUGAAGAGUUUGUUUGAUCUCUUGUCUUCUGACUACCAACAAGGAACAGAUUCAGUCAGACAGAUUAUUCAUUUCUGCUUCAGUCGUUACUUGAGAAUGUUUGAUGCAAACUUAAAACCAGAGCCAGAUCAUUUCGUCGAUGUUUUGAGGUCUUUUUAUCUGCCAGAGGUUCCAAUGGAAGUGGAAGAAACCACAACAUUGAAGAUCUCCAAUGCACCGGAAGCAACUGAGCUUCUCAAUGCCGGUGUUACGUUCAAGCCAGUAGAGACCAGUAGUUGUUUUCUUGAUCUUAAAUUUGCUGAUGGAGUGCUGGAGAUUCCUACCAUCGCCGUCUCUGACAGAACGGAAACCAUCUACAGAAACAUCAUUGUGUUUGAACAAUGCCAUUGCUCAGAUAAGAUCUUCAUCGAGUACACCAGACUGCUCAGUUGUUUCAUUGGAUCCCCUGCAGGUGCAGACAUACUCAUCCGCAGUGGGAUCUUUGUGAACCAUCUUGGAAACUCAGAAGAUGUUUCAAAGUUGUUUAGUAGCAUGUGCCAAGAGGUUAACUUUGGUGCAAAAUUUCACUUUCAGAGCCUCUCUAAGAACCUACACGCUUACUGCAACACACCAUGGAACAGGUGGAAGGCGGUUCUGAGACGUGACUAUUUCCAAAAUCCUUGGUCAGUUGCUUCUGUUUUGGCUGCUGUGCUUCUCCUCAUCCUCACUUUCAUUCAAGCUAUAUGCUCUAUCUUGGCCCUGUGAGUGUUACCACAGGUACUUACAUCUUCUGGGAUAUCAUUUUGGUUCCCUAACUCAAUAAAUAAAUAAUAUUCUUAUGGAAUAUAAUAAAUAUUUGUAUUAUCACAACAGACAGCAGUCAUGUCCUGACAAGACUUUGUACUGAGUCUUGCCAUGGCUUGAGCUGAACUACUUUCUUUGUUAAGUCCCUGAUGCAGCCUACAUUCUUUUCCAUAUCGGCUUUGGUUUUCUUUGUUUCCUUAUCUACUCAGUUUUACUUAAAGCUUUAUGUUUCCUUUUUAUUUAUGGAUAAGGAAGAGUUAUAAUUCCUUUUUCUAAUCAGCAUUGGUGUUUUGCUUUCAUAUAUAUAGUCGAUGCCUAGGUGUUGUAAGGUCACGACAUUGAUAAAUAAUAUAUUCUGAGUUUUUUAUAAACUCAAACCCCCUUGUUAUCGGAUAGUACCUCGACUCUCAACUAUCUCAAGAAUACAACUAAUCUAGGUAUUCUAAGAAUCAAUAGAUUACUUGUGUUAUACGUAGUCACGACUACACCAGUCCCCUAUCUCAAUGUAUCAAAAUUAUGUCUUAUUUUACAAUUUUUGCAUGUUCAUAUAUGUAUGUAGAAUUGUAGCAUCAGAACAUACAUCAUUCAGAUCCUGACAUGACUUUCAGACUUUGUACUGAAUCUUGCAAUAUCUUGAACUAUUUGCUUUGUUAAGGGGACUAGAAAUACAUUUAAAAAAUAUAUAUAUAUAUUUAAGGCAAGGAGACUAUCU